GUACUUUGACCUUUUUUAUAAAUUAACACCCCCUUUCAAAAUCUUUGCCUUUUGUUUGUGAAAACAGUACCUUUUAUUGCAUUUCACUUGUAUAUGUAAGAGUUACUAAAGCAUUUUCUUUAAUAAUGAUUAAUAAUUGAUUAGCAAAUUUUGGUUUUGAUUAUGAAUCAAGUUGGAACAGCUCUGUUCACGUGAGAACAGAAGUUCAAGAAAUUUCUGGAGACAUGUUCAAUUCUCAUUCAACAUAGAUGGAAUCUUGAAAGCGUCCCUGAAUGUUUUUAUUUUACAUUUUAAAAGAAACUCUAAAGGUUUAAGAUGUUAUUUAUCAUUAAAAAAAGAUGUUAUUCAUUAUAAAUAUAUAUUUGUUCAGAUUCCUGGUUACAUGUUCAGAAUCCUGGGUAGGGACAUUACAAAUGAAAUUGAUUUUUGAUCCCCACUGCUAGUGUAGUAUCAAGAAGUAACUAUGAUAACAAGUUAGAAUACUGUGAUAAUAGGACCAUUUCCCUGCCAUUGAUUUUUUUCCCCCCACACGUAUUUGUUCUCAGAAAGAAUGAUAUUUCCAUCUUUGCUUAAAUUUUCUAGCAUACUAUACCUAAUAUUAAUACUUGGUUAACUCUUGAAUACUUGUUUGAGGUAGCAUAUAGUAUUGUCUAUGUCAGUGAUUUGGGUUUUAUUUAUCUUUCUUGAUUAAUAGAAUUGCAGCAGAAUUAAUAAAUAUGUUGGCCAUGAAUAUAUAUAAAAUGAACAAAUAUUCGGGAAAUUACUUUUUCGGGGAGCCUGGUUGGCUCAGUAAGUUAAGCAUCUGCCUUUGGCUCAGGUCAUGAUCCCAGGGUCCUGGGAUUGAGCCCCACAUCAGGUUUUUUGCUCAGCGAGGGGCCUGCUUCUCCCUCUGCCCCCUGCUCAUGUCUCUCUCUUGCUCUGUCUCAAAUAAAUAAAUAAAAUCUUAAAAAAAAAAAAAAGAAAGAAAACUACUUUUUCACAGGAAGAAGCGGUUGUGUUUUUAGAACUUGGAAAGGGAGACUAUUUGAUUUUUUAGAAAUGUUGGGUUGAAACUGGAUUUAGAGUUACAGCCAGAGUUUCUGCUCUUGGUUUGUAAGAAACCUCGUGAGCACUACAGGGGUGAUGAUGGCAUUGUCCAAAGAACAAAUAAUAGUGCAACUGUCCUACACUUGUUUUGAUAUUUAAAAGUCUCAAAUGUCUAUGAUGGAAACAAUGUGUAGGUUGAUAGACAAACUACUGGAAGGUUUCCCCUUUUACCUUAGGUAUAUCUUUGGUCAUUGGUUAUCUUUAUACUUUUACUCUCACAUCUUAUUUUCCCCUUUUCUUCCUUACAGUAGUUCUUUCUGGAUUUCCUUUGGGGCGUUCAGUUCUGAAUCAAGUUCACAUGUUUAGGGAGCCUAACAGUGAAUUUGGUACUGUGGUGUGGUAAAUAUCACUGAGUUCCAUUCCAAAAGAUUAUUCGAUGAUUCACAUAUUAAAUCUUUGGAGUUGUUAAUUGAAUAACAUCUUGAUUGCUUGCAUCAUGUUAAAAUGUAUUUGUUGCCAUAGUAAUUAAACAGUUUAGUGGAAUACAAGCAGUAGAUCUUAAUAUGCUUCGAAAUUUGGGAAGAGUUAUGAAAGGAUUGACUUUUGAGGUCAGUUGAAGUUUAUCGGAUUAAAAAAUUGUGAGCUAUAUGUAAACGUUAUAUGCUUAUAGUUCUAUUACUUAGUAUUCUAAGCCUCAUCCCAGUACAGCUUUUCUGUAUUGCUCAUGAAGGAGCAUGAAAAAGUAGUUUCAAAGUACUUAGCACAUUAAUACUUUUGAAACUUUUAUCUACAGCAGAUAAAUUUGGAAUUAUUAUUAUUUUUUUUUUUAGUUCUUAGAAAUAAAUCUUUCUGGAAAAUUUAAGUGAAUGCUACAACUAGGUAUAAUCCAUUACAGAAAAGGAAGGGAAUAUGAACCUAUGAACUAAAGAAAACACAAGUAAUUUGUGAUUUAUUCUACAUAUUGAACGCAAAAAAAAACAAAACAAAACUUAAAUCCCAACAACCCAGAGAUUUUUUUUUUAAGGGGGAGAAUUCCUUUUAGGGUUAUGUUAAUUGCCUUAGGUCAUUUGAAAAUAUUUUGAUAUGGAAUCUGAUGAGAUUCACUUCCCUAAUAUAGAUAAUCUUCGGAGUGUUACUUUACAUUUAUGAAAUUUUGAGUACUGGUUAGCUGUAAGAUCUGGGACAGAUCAACCUGGCUCAACUUCAUUUUAUUUUUUAAUUUUUUACAAAAAGAUUUUAUUUAAGGGCGCCUUGGGUGGCUCAGUGGGUUGAGGCCUCUGCCUUCGUCUCAGGUCAUGGUCGCAGGGUCCUGGGAUCAAGCCCCGUGUCAGGCUCUCUGCUUGGUGGGGAGCCUGCUUUCCCCUCUCUCUCUGCCUAUCUCUCUACCUACUUGUGAUCUCUGUCUGUCAAAUUAAUAAAUAAAAUCUUAAGGAAAAAGAUUUUAUUUAUUUGAGAGAGAGCAGGAGAGAAUGCAGAGGGAGAGGGAGAAGUAGACUACCCAUUGAGCAGGGGCUCUUUCCCAGGACUCUGGGAUCACGACCUGAACUGAAGGCAGACACUUACACAACUGAGCCACCUAGGUGCCCCUCAGCUUCAUUUUAUGCAUAGUUGGAAGAACUGAGGCAAAGGAUUAUCUUGUGUCCUUUCCUGCUGCGCUAUUCUAAGGGUUAUAAAAUUAAGUGGGUAAAUAUAGCCCUCUAGUGGUUCUGUUACAUGUUUACACUGUUAGUUGGUAUAUCUAGCAUUUCUCUGAAGUUAACUGAUUUUGAAAAAUUAACUCGAAAAUAGUCAGGUUUUAGUAAUAUUACAUGACAUAAAAGAAUAUGGGGGGGAAGCUUGUAGGGAGAUCUUUUUUUUUUUUUAAUUUUAUAUAUUUAUUUGACAGAAAGAGACUUAGCGAGAGAGGAAAUACAAGCAGGGGGAGUGGGAGCGGGAGAAGCAGGCUUCCCGCUGAGCAUGGAGCCCUAUGUGGAGCUUGAUCCUGGGACCCUGGGAUCAUGACCUUAGCUGAAGGCAGACACUUAACCGAGCCACCCAGGUGUCCCAGGGAUAUCUUUUUCUAACAAUUUUCAUGGUAGAUUAUAACCUGUUUCCAUAAUUACUUUUUGGGUUAUUACAAAAUGGUUCAGAAUAUUAGAAUUGCCCUGUACUUUACAGGAUGAAUCCAGAUUCUUUGCUGAUAGAUGCUGUGAUUAUUAUUAUCUGAUAAUUGUGCAUAACAAAGCAUUGGGUUAAUUAAGGUGGGCUGUGAAGUAGAUCAUAUAUAUGCAUGCUAUGAAAUACAAGUUAUUAAUAAGUUAGACUUGGGUUUAUUGGCCUGGAAUUUAUGAUGUGACUUUAGAGGAAAACAAGUUACAGAAUGAUUUUAUAAAUGCAUAUCUCCCCGUUUUUCCUUAAAGUGGGAGAAACCUCGAUAUUAGUGUGAAUACAUAUUUACAUAAGCAAAGAAAAACAGAAGAUCUACACCAGAAAAUAUUACUACUUUUAAGAAAGUGAGAUUUGGAAAGAUGGAAGGAGAUCACUUCUCUGUUUGUCUGAUUAUUCAGAUUCUUAUGGAAAAAGAAACACAUGGAAAAAUUUGAAAGACUCAGCAGAAAUCAGGGCCCUUAAUCUGAAAAGUGUUAGGAGACCAAGGUCAAUUCUUGAUUUCAGAUUUCCACCAGCAAUCAAUUAAGUCAACUCCUGCUGAUUUUGAGUUUGUUUAUUGUUUGAAUAGGAGGUGUGCACUUGAUAAUCUCCUUAGCUACAAGUCUGAUGCCCCAAUUGUUUAAAAUGCUGUGCUUAGUAUUUCUCUUUAUUUUGCUAAUAAGCUUUUUCCUUGUCCUAGGAAUUAAAAUCCUUUCCUCUCCAGCCCAAUUAAGUUUGUUAAGGGAGGGCCUCUAUGAAAAGGCCCUUCUUUGAGGUCUUUAAGUGGAAAUGAUUGGUUCUGAAAAUUCUUCCUUCAGUAGUUCUUAAAAAUUUUCAUAAUUAUUGAAGGCUCAUUAUGAAGGCUGUCUCAAUUUCUUCCCUCCAAAAUGCUAAGGAAUAAUUUAGACAACAGUACAGACUCUAAACAAGAAGAUGGCUCAGUCUUUUCACAGACUGAACACAAUAUUGUUGCAGCUUACUUGAUCACAGCAGGUAUAAUAAGUAUUUUCAGCAACCUCAUAGUUCUGGGCAUCUUCAUUAAGUACAAGGAACUUCGGACACCCACAAAUGCAAUUAUCAUUAACCUGGCUGUUACUGAUAUAGGGGUCAGUAGCAUUGGAUAUCCCAUGUCAGCAGCUUCAGAUCUGUAUGGAAGUUGGAAAUUUGGAUAUGCAGGAUGCCAGAUUUAUGCCGGGCUGAAUAUCUUUUUCGGAAUGGCAAGCAUUGGAUUACUCACUGUUGUGGCCAUAGAUCGAUACCUGACCAUCUGUAGUCCGGACACAGGAAGAAGAAUGACCACCAACACUUACAUCGGCAUGAUUCUAGGGGCCUGGCUCAAUGGUCUCUUUUGGGCUUUGAUGCCUAUCAUAGGGUGGGCUAGCUAUGCCCCAGAUCCUACUGGGGCUACUUGUACCAUAAACUGGCGGAAGAAUGAUGCAUCUUUUGUUUCUUUCACGAUGACAGUUAUUGCAGUAAAUUUUAUUGUGCCCUUGAUGGUGAUGUUUUACUGCUAUUACCAUGUCACUCGAUCCAUUAAAUAUCGUACUACUAGUAACUGUACUGAGUACCUCAACAGAGAUUGGUCAGAUCAGGUUGAUGUAACAAAGAUGUCUGUGAUAAUGAUACUCAUGUUUCUGGUGGCAUGGUCCCCUUAUUCCAUCGUGUGCUUAUGGGCUUCUUUUGGUGACCCAAAGAAGAUUCCUCCCUCAAUGGCCAUCAUAGCUCCGCUGUUUGCAAAAUCUUCUACAUUCUACAAUCCCUGUAUUUACGUGGUUGCUAACAAAAAAUUUCGGAAGGCAAUGUUCGCCAUGUUCAAAUGUCAGACUAACCAAGCAACGCCCAUGAUGAGUAUUUUACCAAUGGAUGUAUCUCAAAAUCCACUGGCUUCUGGAAGAAACUGAAGUAAAAGAAAAAGUACACAGUGUCAAAAUAUUUUAUUUACCUUAUUCCCCAGUGGUUUAGUUUUAUUUUAAAUAUGAUCCUGUUUAGAUCAGAUGCAAACAUAGAUUAUUUUCUUUUUUUUCUUUUUUUUUUUUUUUUAGAUUAUUUUCUUAUUAGACCUUAAAUUCCCCAAGUUUAGCUCCUCAUUCUUCUAUUUAUGGGAUGGCUAUUGUAGUGAUUGCUUACUUUCUUCAUGUACAUUUACUGUUCAUCUUCUUUGAUGACUCUAGGCAUGUGAGAUUAAGGCCCAUUCCCUUUCUCCCAAUCAUGGGAUUCAUUAUACUGUAUCAGUGACUUGCUAACUUGUCUAGGCUCUCCAUUAGAUUAGAAGUAGCCACUAUUUUAAUGUUAAAAUAAAUUAAUAGUAACAACAAUAAUAAUAGUCUUCAAUAAGUAAAUUACUGAAAUGAGUUGUUGGAUGUUCCUAGGUAGAUGGAAAAAUAUUUAAGCAUUUCACACUUCUAAAAUUGUAAUACAAUUAUUAAUUUCUACUAUUUAACAAAAAUAUUAAACACUGUUGCUUCUAAAUCACAUUAGCUGAUGCACAUAUAUACCUUACAUAGCAAUGUAAUCUCUGCAUAUUAUUAUGUAUUCUGCAUUUUUAAUUUACAUUUUUCUGUGUAUGUAUUUCCAUAUAUUUGCCACUAGGAUUAAUUUAAUCAUGGGGGGUUUAUAUUUGUUCUUCUUUUUCCUAUUUUGUUUGUCUGGAAUUUAUUUUAUUGCAGCAAGAACACAACAUGGUUCUGUCCUCUUAACCAGUUUUUAAGUGUACAAUACAGUAUUGGUAACUAUGUGUACAGCAGAUCUGUAGAACAUAUUGUCUUGCUUAACUGAGACUUUAUGUCCAUUGAUAACUGUUUCCUUUUCUUUGAUGUAUCCUUAGCAGGUAGAUGCAUUUUGCCUGGCACAUAGUAGGUGAUCAAUAAAAAACAUUGUUGAAUGUUGAA